UUCUCGGUGGCAAUCUGCGAUUUCCUCGUUGUAAUAAAUGCUCAACAUGUCUAUAUAAGCAGUUACUACAUUGAGUACCCCAUUUGACCGGCGACACUCUCAGUUCAUAAAUUUCCGGUCGAUUACAACAACAUUCAAAUGGAAGAAGGGGGAAUUCAGUCAAAGUAUGUAAAAUUAACAAAAGACCAAGCACCUCUUGAAGAAGACAUUAAGCCUGGAGAGCUGAACCAGCCUAUUCAUGUCCCUCAGCUAGUCGUUCACAAGUGCAACGAAUGUGGACAAGUUUUACCUGAAAGUUUUGAGCCUCCUGCAGAUGAGCCUUGGACAAGUGGAAUUUUUGGAUGUGCAGAGGACAAAGAUAGCUGCUGGACAGGACUUUUCUGCCCGUGUGUCUUGUUUGGGCGUAAUGUCGAGAGCCUGAGAGAUGAUACUCCUUGGACUACCCCUUGUGUUUGUCAUGCCAUUUUUGUUGAGGGUGGCAUUGCUCUUGCAGCUGCAACAGCUGUAUGUCAUGGUAUUGAUCCAGGUACAUCCUUCCUCAUUGGUGAAGGCUUACUAUUUGGUUGGUGGAUGUGUGGAAUAUAUACUGGUCUUUUCCGGCAGUCGCUGCAGAAGAAGUAUCAUCUCAAGAAUUCCCCCUGUGACCCUUGCCUAGCACAUUGCUGCUUGCACUGGUGUGCCUUGUGCCAGGAGCAUAGAGAGAUGAAGAAUCGUCUGUCAGAUAAUUCUGCCCUGCCGAUGACAAUUGUCAAUCCUCCCCCUAUUCAGGAGAUGAAUGCUGCUGCAAGCGACACUGUACCUUCCUCAACAAAUAACUCCGAACAAACCAACCUCGAGAUGCAAGCUUUAUGAUAACUUCUCUAUUUAGCAAAUACUUUUCAAUUUAGUAUAUCACAUAACAGUUAAUAGAAUACGUUGCUGGCACAGCAACCUUGGAACUAAGUUAUACAGGAACCAAAAAAAUGGUCAUUGUUUUUUAUGAACAGGUUAGGACAAAUAAUGUCUU